GUUUCGUCACUUUUUCAUUUUCUAGUUCGUUCACUUCGCAUUUGUCAAUUUUUGACUUUAAAAAUACGAAAAAUGAGUUCUUCUAUCAAGAAUUUUAUGGAAAGUUUUCGAUUUGGGCAUUUAGAGAAGCCUGUGAAAGACCAUCUGAAAAAUGUUUACGGGGCCAUGGGGAUCUGUUUGUUUGUCUGUGCUUUUGGGGCCUAUGUGCACAUGUUUACUGACCUAUGGGGGGCUGGGUUCAUCACCAGUCUGGCGACAUUGGGAUUGCUGUUAGGCCUGAUCUCGAUGCCUCCAACAGAAAGCAAUAUGACAACCCGCUUUGCCAUGUUAAACGGUAUUGCUUUUCUUUCAGGUGUCAGUCUUGGACCUCUCCUCGAGAUGGUUGUCAAACUGAAUCCACAGAUCAUAACGACAGCAUUCAUGGGCACCUCCCUUGUGUUUAUCUGUUUCUCUAUCAGUGCACUAAUCUGCAAUGACAGAAGAUACCUGGCUCUUGCUGGAACACUGAUGUCUGGUCUGACUGUUAUUGUGCUGCUAGGGCUGCUAAACAUAUUCAUUGGAUCAGAACUCAUUUUCAGGAUUGAAAUCUACUUGGGGCUAGCAAUAAUGUGUGGAUUCGUGCUGUUUGACACUCAGAUGAUCGUUGAGAAGUGCAGACAGGGAGAUUUUGAUUAUGUUCAUCACUGCCUUGACUUGUUCCUGGACUUUGUGAACAUCUUCCGUUACCUGUUGAUCAUUCUGUCAAACAAGGAGGCCAACAACAACAGGAGACGUCGCAGAAGUGAUGACUGAACGAUCAGAUGAUGAGGGGAUGGUGGUGAAGAAGUGAUGGUGCCAACCGAAGGAAUGAAGAAAAUGAAUGAGUUGAAUGAAUGAAUGAACUGAUUGAUUGAUUGAAUAAAUGGAUGAUAGAUUGAAUGGACAAACCAAUGUUUAUUUUUAUGAUUCGAAAACAUUGUUCGAAUGUUGACUACGUUGUGUAUAACGAUAAAUAACGUUACAUGUUUCUUGUGGAAAGAGUUUUCAUGCAUGUAUAAUUAUAAUAUCACACAAGUUAACAACUCCCAAACAAUCUUUUUUUAUCAAUUGGAAAUAAUUUUAAUUUGUUUCUCUUUAUUAAUUUUUUCUUGAUUUUAUGUUCAAUAUAACCUGCUUUUUGAUUAAAUCUCAUUAACAAACCAAUUAAAAGGUAAAGGUAUUCGUUAUUCAUGAUACUCAUUGAUACCAUGGAUAUAUCCAUGAUUGAUACGUACCUAUUUAAAUA